UACAUCAAAUGGACCUGCGUUAUGGCGGAGGCUUAACGAGUGAAACUCCAAACAGGGCUUCUUUUAAAAGUUUCUUGGGACAUUCGUGUGUAAAAUGGACGUAUGGAGUCCCAUCGCGAAGGUGUACGACCCGCUGAAGGCUGGAAGCAUUGAUGGCACCGACGUGGAACCCCACGACCGAGCAAUAUGGAGGGCGAUGUGUGCACACUACAAGCCCAACAAAGGUGUCGUCGGAGACCCGCUGCUCACUCUCUUUGUGGCCCGACUCAACCCGCAGACCACCGAGGAGAAACUGCACCACGUCUUCUCCGAAUUCGGAGACAUAAAGCGGCUCCGGCUGGUCCGGGACAUCGUCACGGGCUUUUCCAAGCGCUACGCCUUCAUCGAGUACAAGGAGGAGCGGGCUGUAGUUCGGGCCCGCCGGGACGCGAACAAGCUGGUGGUGGACCAGCAUGAGCUAUUUGUGGAUUUUGAACUCGAGCGAACCCUGAAAGGAUGGAUCCCCAGGCGGCUCGGCGGCGGGUUGGGAGGAAAGAAGGAGUCCGGCCAGCUGAGAUUCGGCGGUAGGGACAGACCCUUCCGGAAGCCCAUCAACCUCGGAGCCGGCCCGUCGCAGGAGCGGUCUGGCGGGGGGUGGAGGGAAUGGGACCGGCCUGGAGUUGGAGGUAGAGACACCCGGGAUUACCGAGACCGGAGCAGAGACGAGCGGGGUAGCAGAGAGGACAGAAGCAGAGGGAGGGAGGACAACCGGUACCAAGAGAGGAGCAGGCACCGAGACCGGAGAUAAAGCCUUGGGAAAAUGGAUAUUGUUGGGCUCAUGUACAACCCGGUUACCUAACGCUGUUAUUUUUUUUGAUUGACAAUUCUCAGCAAGUCUCGCGUGGGUCACAGAAGAAUGUGCUGUGUUUAUUAGGGGUGUAACCGUACACGGAUUCCUAAAUAGAUUUUUUUGAUACCGUUCGGAGGCGUACCGAGUUCCCACCUGGUAUACAUUAAGUGAAAGACAGGAAGUGGUUAUGGCGUCACCCGUCUACUCGGAAAACAAACGCAGUACAGUGUCGUCCAUUGUGUACCCACAAUUAAUCAGUCUCCUUAAAACCGAGGUACGUACCAAACUGUGACUAUGGCGUACUGUUACCACAAUGAUUCAUAGUGAUAAAAACUAUUUAAUUUCUUGAAAUCCCCUCAUAAAUUGCAUGUGAAUGCCAAAAAAGAACAUCAAAUAUUGCAAGGUUGCUGUAUACAUCACAGCAUAUCAUAGCCAUCAUCAGGUAUCAUGCAAGGAUGCCCCCUGGUGACUGUGUUUAGAUAGAAACUGGACAAUGCUACGUUCUUGUUUAGUGUUUUUAAAAUAAAAGCACAUUGUUUA